UGGUACACGCCGUAUUUACGUACGUUUUACAGUACCAAAAUUAAUUACUUCAACAAAGUAGUAUAACAGUACACAAACUGGCAUAAUAGUAAGUGUACUCUAGUAAGUAUCUGUAUAUUAAAUAAAAAAUAUAUUUUGUGUUUUUAUUUCUUCCUGGGUUAACCUGCUUAGCCGUAAAGCAUUUGAGCAACAGUUGCACCAUCCAUGAACGCGGAUUUUCAAAUGGCACUUCUAUGGAAAAUCAUUUUCAUUUCGACUAUUGCCUCGUUUUGCGCUGCCAACUUUGUGGACGAUAUUAAAGGUGCUGCCGGAAGCGCUUUUGAGAAAGUGACAGGCAAAACGGCACCGGAAGCCAAAGAUGAUGCAAAAGCUGCGCUGGAUGAGGCCCAGGAAAGCUUCAAAGAACGAUGGACAGAAGCACAGCAUAAAGGCAAGGAUGUUAAAGAUGCAGCAUCGAAGCAUCUUGAUGACAAAAAAGAGCAACUAAAAGACAAGGUCAAGGAGGGCACAGCAAAAGCACAAAAUUUUGCUGACGAUGCGUCCGCUAAGGCUGAAAAAGCUGUAAAUGAUGGAAAGAAAUUAGGAAAAGAUGUAAUGGACACCGCUGAAGAUGUUAAAGUUAAAGCGGAAAAGAAAGGCAAGGAUGUCAAAAAACAAGCCAAAGAUGCCGCCGAGUCAGCUGGUGACAAAGUCCAGGAGCUACAGGACGAAGCGCUAAAGAAGGCAAAAGGUCUGAAAGGCGACGCAGAAAAUAAAAUGGCAGAAGUGAAAGGAAAAGCCAAGGAAGCUUUUGACACAACGGCAGACAAACUUGGUGACUUUUCUGAUUAUGCUAAAGAAAAGCUCAGUGAUCUGAAAGAUGCGGCAAAGGAUAGCGUGGAAAGUGCUAAGGAAAACCUGAAGAAAUCCGUUGGCGCAUAAUAGGGAGCAAAAUUUGUGCUAAUACAUUUGUAAAUUUCAUGCAAACCGACAUGUGCAUUUUUAAUGCACCACUUGCUCUAAGUUUGUGCCAGUGUUUUAUUACCGUUUCCAAGUACCAAGUCGGCAUGCGAUAGCAGAUUUUGAAAUGAAAACUUAACAACAGAAACAAUGCUUUCAUUUUUGC